AGUCAGUGAAAGAGAACAAGAGCCAGCAAAGGGAGCUAAUAAGUCCCACCAGAAAAACGAAACAUCUUCAAUCACCGUACAAGAAGGUAGUGAAAUGUAGUGCGAAUUUGAUGCUGAAAAACGCAAUCCUUCAACAGCAUGUUGAUGUGACACAUACAACAGCGAAGAAAAUUAUGAAUAAUUAGCACAGUGUGGCUGGAACGGGAGCAUAGACAAAGUUUUCCGGCCAAGACAUUCGUUUCCGGCGGAAAGUCGGCCAUCAUUAGCAUAAGGAAAAAAAAUCGAUCACCGAAAAUAAUGGGCAAAAGAAAUGCUGGAGAAAGUGAAAAUCAUUAUGAAUCCCCUCAGAAACGGCAGAAGGUCGACUCGUUUUCCGCAUCGUUCGCGGAAACGCCCAACGGCAGUCCGGCACUCAAUUUGAGUUUCACCCUGACGCGGGAGUUUGUCGAAGGAACAAUAUUGACUGAUUUAGCGCUGAAAGACUGGCGUAUCGGGAAGCCCAUAGGUAAAGGCAGCUUCGGAGAAAUUUUUCUAGCGUCGGAUGACAUAUUCAAGCCAGUCACGAGUGAGAAUGCAAGAUAUGUGGUCAAAAUCGAGCCACACUCAAACGGGCCGUUGUUCGUGGAGAUUCAUGCCUUACUAAAUACAGCCAAGAGAACAGAAAGCAACGUCAUUCCACCUGGUAUGCCAGAAUACAUCGCUUCGGGUUCACAUUACUUCAAAAAUGAACGCUACAGAUUCCUCAUUUUAAAACGCUAUCAGCGUGACCUUCACUCGCUGAUAAAGAACAAACGGAUGGACCCAAAGAGUAUUCCCGUGAUUGCUUGUCAGAUUCUGGACGUGUUGGAGCAUCUACAUGACAAGGGCUACGUACACUCGGACAUUAAAGCUGAGAAUUUGAUGAUAGGUAAGGUUCCAGUCUCAGCGACAACUAGCGUGAUAAGUACAAAACUUUCGGAAAGCAGUCCGAAAGGUGCGAAGAAAAACAACGCCGUUAGCAACGGUUACAGUGGACUCUCUUCAACACCGACGGUGAUGACAAAGAAAUCCACGGUCGAGUUCUGCGGAUCGAACCCGGUCCGAUCGUGUCGGGCUUUCGGAGGAGCGGAUUCCGAAACGUAUCAAGACAUGGUAAAGUCGCACUACUUGCGACCGUUGAAGAAUAUCGUUUACAGAGACGAUAGCGACGAGGAGGACUUGAAGAACGGGAAAAAGAAGCGAAAGCGAAAAAAGGACGGUGACUGUAGCAAAUCGUUCUUCUACAAAAUAACAGCACGGAAUGUGGAUGAGAACUAUAAGCAAAUAAAAGUUCAGGUUAGCCGUAAUGGUGCUGCAUUUGACAUGGAAACACCCAAGGUGUCGGUGAAUGGUAGAGAGAAAAAGGCAGCCGUCGAACCGAGGGAGGAUCGUAUUCAUCUGAUCGAUUUUGGACUGGCAUCGAAAUUCCUAGAUUCGACGGGCCAGCACCGACCGUUCUGUAUGGAUCAGCGCCGGGCGCACGAUGGAACGCUGGAGUUUACCUCGCGGGAUGCACAUAUGGGUGCGCACGCCAGACGCAGCGAUUUGGAGUGUUUAGGUUAUAACCUCGUCUUCUGGAGUCGUGGAUUCCUCCCGUGGAAGGAUGAAAAGCUGCUCAAUCAACCGGAGCAGGUGCACCGCAUGAAGGAGUACUUCAUGACGGAUGUGCGUGAAAUGUUGAAGAUGAUCUACGGCGAGGAUUGUCCGAAGUACCUCGGGGAGUUUCUGCACUACGUUGGCGGGUUAACGUACGACGAGCGGCCAGACUAUGAUUAUCCAAGGUCACUGUUCCAUCAAGAACUGCGCCGGCUGGGCCACAAUCCAAAAUCACGCCUCGUGCUGAACGUGAGCGAUAUUGCCAAGUUGAGUCAGCCGCUGACCGCCCAGGAUGAGGCAGAAAUUACAAACAAAAUAAACCAUGUCAAAUCGUUGAUGAAGAUGGGCGUCCUGCCUUACAGGGAGAGUACAUUGCACAGUAAGACAACGUCGCCGAAGAACCUUCGCUCGAAGCGGGACAGUACACGGACGCCGGCCAAUGGCAAAAUAAACGGAGCGAAGGAUGAUCUUGUGGUGACCAACGGCAAGGAUACGAAGGAGAAGAAAUUUUCCUGGUCUGAUAUUCUCAGUACCGAUCCGGAUCAGAUUGCAAGGGAACGUGCCGAAAAGGAGUUCGAACGAGCGGAUCAAAUGGAGGAGGUUGUGAUUAAAUACAGCGGUAAUCCAACUUACGCCAUUCGUGAUCUAGAAAACAAACGGGUGCAUGGGACCGCGGGGGGAGGACUGGAUUAUACCGAGAGUGAAGACUACAUCCGUGGGUACACAAAACCUAUGAUGGAUAUUUUGAAGAAGCGACAGUCACAGCUUAUGAGGGAUUUGAGCCAAUCCUGUUAUAGUAAUGGGGUUAAGGAACCACCCGAUGAUAAGCAGGGCAGCCGAAACAGUGACAAUGAUGAUGAUAAUGAUGAGGAAGAGGAAGAUGUCGAUGAAAACAGCAGCGAGAAUGACCAAUAUGUAGCGGAAAGAGAUGCAAACGGCCUAGAGGAAGCAGAUUCCGGAAAUGAUGACGUUGUCAGCGAGGAAAGAGAAGAGGAUGACCAAAUUCACAAAAAGGGAAAACGCACUCAGGGUAAACAGCAGGAAUCGCGAAAACCUGGUCGAAAGAGGAAACACGUUGUCCGGAAGAAUGAAAGCGAUAGCGAUUUUAUAAAUGAUGCUGAAGAGGGGGAUGAUCUGUCGGAUAGUAUCGAGGCGAUAGGGAAAAAUCGUAAAGUUCGUAGGGGCCACUUGCAAUCCGAGAGUAGUGAUCAACAUGAUAGUGAUUUUAACGAUCAGGAGAGCUCGGAGUAUGAGAGUCGUGAAAGGCGUAUCAAGAGACCACGGGGCCGACCAAGACUGAACAGGGAUGAUCUGAAACCUGACCAGAAUCGACCAUACUCAAAAGCCAACGGUGGUAAAGAAACAAAUGUUCCUGUGAUAGCAAAACAUAACAAUAACAAUAACAAACCGUACUACGGUGACGUGGAUGAUUCAUCCCAUGACGUUCCAACGCAACAGCACAUGUAUCGGUUAAUGAAACGACGCAAGUCCGGUCUACGUGAACGGAUACGCCAGACCGACAGAAGUAUUAAAUAUCACGACGAUCUGCAGCUGAAGAGGUCAAAGAAAAGUCCACGGAAACGGUACAGUGACGAUGAAGACUACUGUCAGAUGGACGAAACUUCCUGUAGUUCAGCACAUUCGAUCGCUUCCGUCGCUUCUUCUGUGACGGCCUCUAGUGAUAAUUCAAACUUUUCUGAAUACCUAACCGCCGCUGAUUCCAAACGGAAAUCUACCCGGAAACGUGCAAUUCGAUCAUACUCAAACAGCAGUCGUUCGGCGCUAUCCUCGAACUCGCGUUCUUCGCCCGUCCGCAAUGUGGCAAAUGGUGUAACCAGUAAUGGCAGCAGUAAUCGGGCCAUGGCCAUUGGUGACGAUGACGAAUUUUACGAUGACGAUGAUACGCGUGACAUGGACUACAGUCCGACAAAAGCAAAACGGGGUCGAAAGCCGCAUGGGCCACGUAAGACGGUUACCUUUAAGAAGAAGAACGGCGAAUGUAAAGGAUCCUUCUCACUUGUCUAAGGUGACGUUUCGUUCAUUCGCGGGUAACUAUUGAAUUAUGGAUUAACACCGGAAGCGGUUAGAGUGGAUGCUUGAUCCCUUAUGUAUACUAGUGUUUUGUUUAGUCAACUGUCCUCAUAAUUAGGUAAUCUUCUCCGCUCGAUAUGGAUCAGUCGGAACAGAAAAGACUGAUUUAUGUAUAUAAAUUUUAUUCUCAAAAAGGUAUGCGCAGAUGUAUGUAUGUGUUUAAGACAAAAUUAUCAAUUUAGUUUAUUAAGUGUAUUUUUUGGUCAGAGAAAAUUAUCGAUGAGUUUCUUCUUUGCGAACGUUAAAAAACUAGAAAAAUCUGCUGCGAAUAACAAUAUUCGCAUACGGUAAAUAGAUGUUCGCGAAACAUUUCCAUCACAAGAAUAAUGUAUCAAAACAAAUCGGUGGAAUAAUGCUUGAGCAUACUGUCGAAAAUAUAUAAAUGGAUCCGAUCGAAUGGUUAAGACUACAUUGAUUAGAGCAAAUGAGCAAGCACACUAGCCCUAUUUUUUAUAUGAAAAUAAAUUUAAAACACGAACCGUUCCAGUGUUAAUACAGUCAUUUCGAAAUAUGUCACACUCAUCGCGAGACAAAUUCAUCCACUCAACUGUCUCGCUGUGUCACCCUUUCUGUUCUUCCUUCGUUGCCUCAACGUAGUUCAGUUCCCCAUAUCUGAUUACGUUCCCUAUGCUGAUCCAUUCGUUGGAUUUUCCCCCUGUACACUGUGUGUCUUGUUAACCCACAGGACCAGCAGUAGGGCAUCCCUUAGUGGCCAGCAGCGUCGCGAUGGCAACCGGUGUUGUUGCUGGCCUGCGAGGGAGACGUGACCAGGUGUUUCGGACCUACAGUCGAGGAUAGUGUUGCUGCUACUGCAACGCGGGCAGAUCGGUCAAUAUUCGCGGACCCACUCCGCUACCAGUGGGAAGGACGAGAAUCGGAGCCAUGUCAUCUGGGCUGCUAUCACCCCCAAUCCGGGCUUCCGACAGAAAACUAAAUAUUUGUUGUGAAUGUUCAAUAGUUCUGCUGAUUCUCUAAUGAUUUGUAGAUCAGAAUGAAGUAAAACAACAGCUCUUGUGUUCUCAAAAAUUUUUCGUUUGAACAUUUUUUCAAACAGCAGCAGAGGAAAGCCUGCUUUCCUCCGACACAGGCAGUUAUAGCAAGCGAACAUUGCGUUUUUUACAUUUUCGAUUUUAUUUUGUGGUUUCUUGUAUUACAAUUCUUUAAUUGGCGUUUGUUUAAAAGUACGAUUCCGUUAUACCACAAACGUUUGAUCUACAGUCCCACGACGGCUAUUCAAUUCAAAAUAGGUUUGAAUAAAGACGAAAACUUUGUAAGAUAAAGUCUGUGCUUCUCAGAAUUAUUCCAAAAAUAUAGAAUUACGAAAACCGUGUAUUUUCAUCAGUCAUAAUGUAUAACUCAGCUGCUAGGAAAAUGAGGCAAUUUUUACUCAAAAAACCACUGAUAAAUAGCAAUAAAUCCCGCAAAAAAGGGGAAAACUUUAUUCUUGAUUCCAUAAAUAGCAAAAUUGCUUCUACGCGUGUUAUUGGAAGAAAAACAGUUUAGAACAAUCAUUAAUUUAAUUCCAUGUGAGUGAAGAUUUUAGAUGAAUCUCCAAUGCCAACCUUUCCGUUUCAACUGUUUCAACUACUCAAAGUACUCAAAGUUAGUUAAUUUUUGUACAAAGAAAAAGCGGUGAGUUAAAUCGUCGCCUCACAUUUGUUGGGGAAAUUGGCGCAAUUAAAAAAAUAUAUUUUACCUCUCCCACACAAAAGUAGAGUUCGUUGUGAAAGCGAAACAAGACUUCGGUCGAAUCCCCUUAAAACAACAACAACGCCAAGAAGUUUCAGUUAUGUUGGAAUGUGACACGAUUAGAACAUUGUAAAUUCAUCAUUACUAUUCUGGGGUGAAUAGUUAUGGAACAUCCUAAAUCAUGUAUUAAAGGUUCUGAUGUAACUAUAUAAAUAAAUCCAUUACACUAUUGAAAAAAAAAACAGAAUGUUAAAUACACGAUCAAAAUUUUACCAAUGAAAAAUGCAUUCAUUUGUUCAGCAGAAAUAAACAAAAAAAAAGCCUGUAUUAUAGUUAAGCUAGUAGGAAAGUUUAACGAAUUAUGUGAGCAAAAGCAGUGAGUACCGAUCAAAUACUAUUAUCAGAUUAAUGUGGUAAAAGCCGAACUAAAUAAAUAAUAAUACCAAACUA